AUGGGCGCGAACGACGUUGCAGGUGCAUGCCGAGUAUCGCGCAGCUGGAGCAAAGGCAUAACCUCAUUGCUAUACAAGCACGUCACGUUGGCUACUCCCGAGCAAGUUCGCCUCUUUCUCAGGAUUCUGAGGACAAGUCAAUGCCCAAUUGAGCUCGUGGAGAAGAUAAUUCCGGUAGAUCACAGAAAGAUCUCGAUGGAUCAGAACGUAGACACCUACAAUCGCCGUGUUUUGGUUCAAAUGCGCGAGGACGUUCGUUCCGUCUUCUCUAUCCGCAAAGGCGUUCAGGGCUUCACCGUCAAUUUCAACCGCACGUCUGACCCUAUCGGUGACGUGGUCGCGAAGGAUUGA